AUGCCGAGCGAUGAUGAGGCGGUCAGCCUUGAUGAUAUACAAAGAGAGCUGGAGCUCCAAACCAACAAGUCCGACGGACCAUCUAGCACCACUCAGAUGCUUACCAAUGCGCGAGACAUCGUCCAUAACCUGGAAACUGCAGGUCGGACUACCCAUGUCUCCAGCCUGAGUUGUGGCUUGCUAGAGGCACUAGAUCUGGUUUUAACGGCUGAGGAGCAGCAUGGAAAGCACGAAGAGGGCAGAGGCCUAGACUUGGUUGGAGCUCCAACAUCUGACGAGCUGUUGCAAUGGCUAGCAUACAGUCUAGGGGAGAGACAUUCUGAUAACUUGGCAAUAGCAGGAUCGAGACAAGCUUGGAGACUCUAUAAAAGAGGAGCGUUGAGGCAAGCGCUCAGCAUCGAUGAAGCGGCGCUCGCAGCCUUCGCGCACGAUUUCGAGAUCGCUUUGAUCGAGCGACUCACGAAUGGCCGUACCAAACCAUCAGCUCACCUUCCCAUGCCAGGACUCUUAAAGGCCGCAGAAGACGUCACACAAGCCAUCAGAACCGACGCCGAAGUCUCACAGAAUUCAGUUCGUGCCAGAAGCACAUCCCUUUUCGACUCCCCCGCGACGGAAGAACAAAUUGCACAGGCCGAGGCUCGGCUGGGCAUCAAACUCCCAUCGGACUACAAGACUUUCCUCCAGAUCAGUAAUGGUACUGUUGGACACAUGUGGGGCCAUCCUCUAGGCGACUUUCAACCACCCCUGCACACAGUCGACAAGCUACGAUGGCUUGACCCGGCCGAAGAAGAUUACUUUACCGGUCUUGCGCUUGACAUUCCUGCUCGCUGGGCCAACUGGCCUUUUUCACCUCGCCCCACUGCAAACGGAUACGGCGACUAUCCAGAACACUUUGUCAUUGGCCGCGCAUUGGAACUCGGUUUCGAGGAUAUCGAUAAUGUGUGGCUGAUCCCUCCAUCUACCGUCACGCCGAUCAAAGACGCGGUGAAGAACUUGUUGAAAGAUGAAAAGUUGAGCGAGCUCGACAAGAAUAGUGUCAGAAACGCGGUUCGAGACUUUGCGGGUAGUGAAGAUGAAUGGGAGCAGAUGGAAUGGGCUUGUGUGACUUGGGCUAGUGGGGGGACUGCGGCUAUGUUCUUUUAUCCUGGGUUCAAGGCUUGGCUUGAGCGUGUGGUAGAGCAUGGCAGUGCGACGGCAUAUGUUAAGGAUGGGUAUCAGGAUCAGGGGACGAAGGUGUUGAAGAGUCAAAAGUGGUUAGGGAAUCUGUUUGGGAAAGUUGGAGAGGAAAAGGAGUCGAUGGAAGUGCCGAAGUGGUUGAAAGAUGUGGUGCAGGAGGGGAGAUGA